GGGGUUUAACAGAGGUUUAUGGGGAUGUUGUAGCCUCCCGAUUUCAAUCUCAGUUCUUCGAGAAGUAGUGAAAAUGUCAGUUUCAGUGAUUGCUCGAAGAUCCUCAUAUCUCACUACUACUCUGUCCGGAACACUCAAUUCAGUGAAUUCAAUUUCACGCCCUUUGUCUCUAUCUAAUCGCUCUCUUCGCCAAUCUCGAAACCCCCUUCUUCGCUCUCCUUCAAGGUUGCGACGUGAAUCAAUGUUUUUGAGCUCUCUCCUCCCUGUUCAUAGUGCAAUCGCCUCCGCUUGUCUUGUCUCCAAGCUUCCCAAUGAACUCAGUUCAUCCACUGAAGGUCGGUUUACUAAUUACGUCAGCCCUAUCUAGUUGAAAAUGGUUUAAAGGAGGUCAUGUUACAAAGGAGGCCAAAAGGAUUAUCUCUUGAAUUACUGCUUCACGGCCAUGUUUAAAAAUUGGAUAAUAACUCUGCAAUGUCACUGUAGUGAUGGAAUGAAAAAUUUGUUCUGACCCGAGGUAUUAAUUUAUUUGUGAUUUAAAUGAUGUAGGCACAAUUUUUAAUUUCUAAGUUUCAGUAUAAAACAAAAUUUAGAUAUGUGAUUAAGAAGCAUUCUUGUUUUGGCCUCAUUGACUUGUGCACUUACUCUUCCAAACUCAUUAUCAGUGGGGUAUGCAUGUUACACAAGUUAAUUGAUGUAAUUAUUGGCAUGUCUGAUCAUGCCUCCUAGAAUUGCACUGACAUGGUUCAGUUGCAACUUGGUUUGGUAACAUGGUGUACCAAUGGGGCAUGUUACACGAGGUAAUUGACAUAAUUAUUGAUAUCCCUCCAAGAAUUGUACUGAUAUAUGGUUCAAUUGAAAUCUGCCAGUGGGGCAUCCUUAACUAUUA